AUAGCUAUCAGCGUGAGCACACUCACUGAUGCCUCCCCCUCUCAGUCUUCAUUAAAAGCUGAUUUAGCGAGAGCUUCAGGGCAGCAUGACUUAGUCGAGACCUCUCAGUGCCGAGAGGUGAUGUCUGGACCGUCCGGUGUGAUGGAUCGUUGCUCUCCGCCGAGGCUGAAGCUGCUGAUCGUGUUUCUGCUUGUGUCUACCAACAUUGUCUGUCUGCACGGAAAUCCUACCACAGGUGUGAACCAUGACCUUCGCUGUGUGAACGACCUCCUGUUCACCAUCAACUGCUCCCUGAACAUCGCACCAUCAGAAAACGGCUCAGACAGCAACAGCUCCUACUGGCUCAUCAUAACAAGAUAUGGAACCGACAAGUAUGUGUGUAUGCUGACUAACAACAAUGGGGAUUACUACUGCUCCGUUAAACUGCCUGAGGACGAGGAUUAUAAAGACACCUUCUCGGAUGCUUUGAAAAUCUCGCUUUGUCACGACCAGAACAACGGGUCUGAAAGCUGUGAGGAGCUGGUAGACAAAUAUGAGCCUGAUUCGAACAUUACACCCAACGCACCGUGCUGCCUCACAGUCAGCCACAACUCAAGUCAACGCCACUUCACCUGGGAAAGUACCUAUAAGGAAAUUGUCGCCUUUUUUGACAAAACCCUCCAGUAUCAGCUCCAAUACUACAAAAGAGGAGACGAUCCUAACGUGCAAUCGCAUAUAAUCCACACCACUGUCAUAAAUUACUCUGUGGAUGAUGAGGUAUUUGCACCAGACACGAAGUACGCUGCCAGAGUACGCACCGGUCCAGAUCAGGUUAAUUACCAUGGACAGUGGAGUGACUGGUCUUCUGAGGUUCACUGGGAGACGGAGUCAGCUGUGAAUGAUCCAGAUCGAAACACAUUUGUUUCUGGACUGGCUAAGGUGCUCAUCUCCGUAUGUGUGUCCGUGCCAAUUGCCUUACUUGUCUGCUACGCUCCAGUUAAAAAGUGGAGGCAGAGCGCCUUCAUCCCAACCCCAGCACCCUAUUUCCACACCCUGUACAGUGACUGCCAGGGAGACUUCAAGAGCUGGGUGGUUCCGCAAGAGAACACGGCAGACAUGCUGAAGGCAGAGGAAAUGCUCCAAAUUGACACGCUGACCAAGUGUGCCGUCGUCGAGGAAGAGGGUCAGCCCCAGUGUCGCCACCACUUCAUGGCGGGCAGAUCAUACAGCAACAUAACCGACCCAGGCUGUGAUGAUUCCCUCCUGGGCAUCCCGUACGCCGUGUGCACCAUGGCUCCGCUGUCAUCUCCACGGAGCUCACUCCAGAGUCUGACCCUCAGCUCGCAGCCAGGGAGCCCUGAUGAAGGAGACUCCGGGUGCUGGCUGGAGAGGGACCCUCCCUGGUACUGCAACGAGUACUGCACCCUGAGCGGCUUCCAGCAGUGUCCAGUCCCAGCAGAGCAUCAUGGGAACCAGUCAACAAAACCCUGCCCAACAGGGAUCAUCAGAGUGGAUGCCAUCACUGAAGCAUAAGCGGAUGUGUAGUAAAUGCACAGUAAAAUAGUGUGAAGUUGAACUUUAAUGUUGGAAUUAAAAGUUCAACAACACACAUUUACACCGUGAAAGGUAUUGCUUCAAAAUACUCCAAAUGCUUCAAGCUUAAAAUAAAUAAAAUGUAUUUGCCUUUUGUGUAUGACUGUCAUAAAAUAAAAGUAAAUACUUUGUUUUCACAGUACAGAAAUAUUUGGCCAUUUAUAUAACGUUAUUUUGUGUAUAUUUGUAAAAUUUUUCCACAGCAUUAGGCAUGAUGUAGAUAUUAAAUAUUAUUGCAUGCUUGCAUCAAAUGAGUAAAUUGUGUUAAGGAACUUAAAAUAAAUGUAUUUUGACUUUGUUAUAAUAGUUUUGCUGUGUCUCUGAAACCUUAAGAGGUUAACUUGCUGUAUAUUUUAAAUCAUCUAAUAAAACAAAAUGCUAAAGUUUUGUAGAAAGUUUUAUUUACGCCAACACAUACAUGAACAAAGCACCAUAUAACCUUAAAGUCUGAUACAGAAGUAAGCCUACCUGCCUCAGUCAUCAUGGCCAUUUUUAUUUAUUUCAUAGCAAACACUCUGAAUAACAAAAAGACAGCCAAGGCAGCAGAU